UAUAUUUAUUUUUCCAGUUUCAUAGUUGUUCAUUACUCAUAUGAUAAAGACAGGGAUAUUGGAUCCGAAGAGAGGGAAGCAAUCGAGUCAGUGUAUUCUGCGAUAUUAACCAUGCGCAGCAACUUUAUGGUGAAGAGUUCGAAUGAAGUGACAUUAUUACGUACAAAAGAUACAUGUUGGGCCGUGGAGUGAAGCGUAAGCUGAGCGACUUCGGGGAGGUGGCGGGGGCGAAGGACUCCGUGCCGGACGUGCCCUACAUGCAGCAGCGGCAGCUGGUGCUGAACAUGUGCCUGAACAAGCUGCAGAGCUGCCACAUGAGGAGCGAGCCAAGCCUGCACCGGGCCGUGCUGCUGGCCAACACCCUGCGCCAGAUCCAGGAGGAGAUGCGGCGCGAGGGCUGGGAGCCGCCGGCCGCGCCCGCGCCCUGGCCCCCCCACCCCUCCACGCCGCUGCACACCCCCAGCCUGCCGCCCGUGCCCUCGGACUGCCCCGAGGGGCCCGGCCCCGCUGCACACUCUGACUCCGGCCUGGCCCUGCCCCCCUCCCUACUGAGAGAGGAGGGUGGUGCUCAGGGGGAGAGAGGGCCGCCCGCCUGCCCAGGGUGCACCGAGACCGAGGAGGAGAGCGACUCCUCUUCCUCUUCCUCCGCUCUCUCCUCCUCACCAGAGGACAGCAGGACACCAGACUUGCUAUUUAGCUCCUUUGAGAUCACAAACUCAACCAGCUAUCUGACAGACCUGGCCUUUGACGACAUAUUUGAGGACAUUGACACCUCCAUGUACGACUGCUCAGACUUCUCCUCUGUCCUGGCGUACCCCCUGCCGAGGGCCAGUGGUGCCACCCCUGCAGCUGAGGAUGGCCUCAAGUCAUUCCCCAGCUGCACCACAGCCAGCGCCCUGCAGCUGUGUCUCACAGACCUGAAUGAGCUGGAUCACAUCAUGGAGAUCCUUGUGGGGUCAUGAAUGAACUGGAUUACAUCAUGGAGAUCCAUGUGAGGUCAUGAAUGAACUGGAUCACAUCAUGGAGAUCCUUGUGGGACCAUGAAUGACCUGGAUCGCAUCAUGGAGAUCCUUGUGGGGUCAUGAAUGAACUGGGUCACAUCACUGAGAUCUUUGUGGGGUCAUGAAUGACCUGGAUCACAUCACAGAGAUCCUUAUGGGAUCAUGAAUGAACUGGAUCACAUUACUUGGGAUCCACUUGUGGUUGUGAAGGACCUGAAUGACAUGCGUCUUAGUAUGGUCCUGACAGCCUUCGAUUGUUUAUAUUUUCAUAAUUAUAUUUGGGAUGGGAACAGCAAAAUUGUUUUACAAAUGUGCUAUUUAUUUUUAUACAAAUAGAGCACAAUAUAUUUAUAUAAAAAAGAUAAAUACAGAGACCUGCCUAAUGCACACCUACUGUAGAAUGAAACACACGUGUGGUGAGAGCUGAUGCAAUGCUUCUUACAUUCAUGAACUGAGUUUUAAAAUGAGACUGUAGGAAUACAGCGAGAAACACAAAGUAUUAUCAUUAUCAGCCGUUUCACUGAACUUUAAAUUGCAUUUGGCAACAGAAAUGUAUGCUGAUUUUUUUCCACUGAAAACAAAUAGAAAAAAAUCAAGUUACGCGAUAAGGCAACACCUUCAUGUUUUUCGAGUGAAAAUAGACUUAUUUUUGUAAAUUAAUUUUUAAUAUGUAUUUAUACGCCAUUAUGUCCUUUAAUGGAUUCCAUCAUGACAGGAGCAUUAAACAUAUAAUGCUAACUCUACCUCUUCUCGAUCUGCAUUGAGCACACUGUUCUCAGCCUCAAGCUUUUGGUCGGUAUCGAAAUUAUUUUAUAUUUAGUCCUAGCAGUUUAAUGUACUUUUUGUUUUAAAUCCAUUGAAACUGGUGAUUAUUUAUAGUUAUGUAAGAGUGUUUGUCUUCAAGCAGAUUACACACACAUUAUAAUCGUGUUUUGGGAUUUUAGUGUACGGUAGAAGACUGAUAGAAGUCCUCUGGCCUCUAAUAGCAACACCACUCUACCCCUAAAACUUCAUGUAUGGAGCAGAGAUAACUCAUUGAAAUGGUACUUCAGCCUGUGAACUUCCAAGUGCAAACAGCAACAUGUGCAGAUAAGGCAAAUUUUUCCCCCUGUUUUUGCUCUCAGAGAAGCCAUUGUCCCAGAUAAAACAAAUGAUCUGUUCAAGACUCAAUUUCCAAACACCUAAAGCCAUCUUCAGCAUGCAACAUUUAAAAAAAUAAAGGGUUUGGAGUUAGGUAUUAGAUGCAUGUUCAAGUGCUGUUCUAAGUAAAAUGGGUCCGCCCACCUAUUCAAUUUCAUAUCUCUGAAAUCGUUUGGAAAAUAUUGCAGAACUUGUCUUUCAUUUCAAUCCCUAUGAUGAGGAACAUCACCAAACUGUCCGUCUCUGUCUUCCUUCUAUCCUUUACGCCCACACGUCCAAUGAGUGACCCUGCUGUCCCGAGAUCUGCCAAGCUUUUUGCACUUAGGCUGUUGUCACAUGGAAGUACUUGCCUGUAGAAAUGAGAGUUCUGCUGAAGCUGCUGUGAGCACAAGACCCAUCAUUACUAUUCGUAGCCUGACACCAGCCAAUCAGGUGAGAUGUGGGUGGAGUGCGAGCCCCCCUUUGUUAGAUUGGACAAACACAUUUUUAGCAGCUAGAUUAGGAUUCUAUCCACAGCAGGAUGCUUGCUUUGCCUUACCUGUCUUUAAUUUUAGGAAAUUCCAUACACUUAUGAUGCAAUAUAGAUUCUGCAAAGAAGCAGUUUAAUCUUUAUCAUUAUAUUUGUCGAGACGGUUAUCAUAUACUAUUUUCCGUACAGCAGAACUACUCUAGUUAAAUGCAGUAUGUUUUUCUCUGAUGUAUGGAUAUUAUGGCCCAAUAGAGCAGAAAGAUGAGAGGAAAAUGGAGUGUUGUAGCCAAGUUAGAGAUCAUAAAGCUUCUGGUGCCUCUUGAAACACUGGAUGGAACACUGGAACAUGGAAACACUCUGAUGUUUCCAUGUUCCAUCCCAGUUGACCACAAACAAGCAGACCCACCCAUUCAUUUUAUAUGAGCAGGAAUUACACUUCUGCAGACUGGCAUGUAAAUCGGACCCACUU